AUGGCUGCUGAGGCUGCGCAAUCCGGGGUGGAGCUCCCUGCUGCUCCUGCUGCCGCGGUGGGGAAUUCCGCGGAGAGUGCUCUCGCCCCUGCAUCGUAUCUUGUUCCGUCUGCUCAGCCGCCAACUCCUGCGCUCGCGCAUUCCGCCGACGUUGGCGGCGCGGCGAAGCCUCCGUCCUUGCAUGCGGACCAUUUGCAGCCUCCCGCGUCUCUUCCAGCGGCUGUCGCAACGUCCGUUCUGCCGUCUGCCGCUCAGCCGUCGCCGGUGGCGCAGCCUCCCCAGGCUGUCGUCGCGGUGUCGGCGCAGGUGACAACGGUGGGCGCCGGCUCCGACCCUGCCCGCGUGUUGCUUCCUGAGCCUUCGCCGCCAUAG